AGUGACAGUUGCAUUAAAGUGGCAAGUGACAGUGACAGUUUUUCCUAACCUAACUUUAGAAUUUACAUUUAUUAUUAAAUUUUGAGAAAAUUAAGUAACUUAAAACACAAAAUGCCCGACAAAGACAGUUUACUGGAUGUGAACAAUUUAGUUAGUGAUAUAAAGCACAAAAAGCUGGACAAUUCUCUAGAUAUAGCGUUGAAAACAGAAGAGUUACUAGAAAAACUUAUUUCACAGCAGCAAUGGAAAAGUGCAAGGGAGUUAAUGAAUUUAAUUAAACUGAGAAUUAAAUUUAUUAGAGAAAAUGUACCUACUGAAGCUACAGCCACCAAUAUUAUGAGACAUAUAUUGAAAAUAAUUAGAGAAGAAUAUGAAUCAGCAUUAAAGAAAAAGGGAGAAGGACAAUCCUUGCAUCAGCUUGUGACAUCUCAUCCUAGUGAUAUAUUGGACUAUUCUGAAGCUCACAGCAGUUUGAGGUCAAAUUUAUUGGAUCAUUUAGGAGAGUAUAAAGUUGAAAUAGAUUCAAGUUCCGAGAAUAUAGCAGCACAAGCAUCAGAGCAUAUUCACAUGGAUGAGAUGAUUAUGACAGUGGGGAAAUCUAAUACGGUAGAAAAGUUUUUAAAAUCUGCCGCAAAAGAACGACAUUUUAAAGUGGUUGUUGUUGAAGCGGCGCCAUUUUAUGAUGGCCACAUAAUGGCAACCCGUUUGGCAAAAAGCAACAUUCAAACUACCGUCAUACCAGAUUCUGCAGUUUUUGCCAUGAUGUCCAGAGUUAACAAAGUAAUUAUAGGAACGCACACAGUUUUAGCAAACGGAGGACUACGAGCAGCUAGUGGAAUACAUGCAGUAGCCUUGGCGGCCAAACAAUUUUCUGUGCCUGUUAUGGUGCUCUCCCAUAUGUACAAAUUCACUCCGAUGUACGUUGUAUCACACAAUAAUGAAGCUUUUAAUAUAUGUGCCUCACCAGCCGAUGUAAUUCCUCAUUCUGCAGGAAAAAUUCUUAACGAUGUAGAAAUUUACAAUCCAGUUUUUGACUAUGUACCACCAGAAUUGGUCACAUUGUUCAUUUCACACCAGGGUGGUAAUGCGCCUUCCUAUGUUUAUAGACUACUAUCCGAGUUGUAUCACCAAGACGAUUAUGAUAUAUAAAAAUAAAUAUUUUGUUAUAA